AUGAGAAACAAAAUAAAUUUUCCAAUAAACUUACGUGUAUCCUUGUCUCUCUCUAUUGGCAACUACUUAUCAAUCUACAAAACCAAAAUUAGAAUCGCUGCUAUUAUGAAGCGUCCAGCGUCUCAAUUUUGCAUCUUGCGUUCCAUAAACUCACAAGCACGCUUGUAUUUUUAUCAUAAGCUCUUUCAUCGUAACAUUUCGCAAUGCAAUCAAGCGAAAUUUCCUGCCAGCAAUAUGAGAGAUUCAGAGGUGAAAAAGACUACAGCGCCACGCUUAGACUCCAUUACGCUACACCGGUUACAGACCGCUCACCAGUCUUAUUGUAAAAGACGUAUGAUUUACAGCGGGAUAGGUGUUAUCGCUGGAAUGAUUGGUAUUUUCCUAACCGCUAUGCAAGCUCCGCCCUUACCAGCGGCGUCCGAAGCAUCAGGCUCCUAUAAUACCAACCAACUUGAAACAACAAAUUCUUCUGAUGACCUUUUUAAUGAGAAGAGCUGCACAAAAAUAAUCAUUAAGCCACCAGGGGAAAGCGUUGAACUUACCCCUACAGGAAAUUCGACCGUUCCUGUAUUUCCAAACAUCAUCACUCUGGAAUCAAAAUCCACUACAUCAUCAAAGCCGAGCUUCACAGAAUACCAAUUGCUAGGUCUCGGUAUACGUACGGUCAGCUUUCUUAGAAUUCAAGUCUAUAUUGUUGGGAUAUACAUUGCAAGAGAUGAUACAAUUGCUCUCCAAAAUACACUUUUGAAGUAUAUAGAUACAAAAAACAUGAUUUUCUCGGGUUCUGCAAAGGAAGAACUACGAAGACUGUUGAAGAAUCCUGAAACAAGUGAACUUAUAUGGAACAGUAUAUUGCAAAAUGAUACGUGCAGGACGUUAGUUCGAAUCGUACCCACUCGAAAUACGGAUUUUGGGCAUUUAAGAGAUGCAUGGGUCCGAGUUUUGACGGCACGAGCAAAGAGUAUUGGGUGGCAAGAUGAUGGAUUCGGACAAAGCCUAGGUGAAUUUAAAAAAAUUCUCGCUCAUGGUGGUGUUCCCAAGGGCAAGGAAUUGCUCUUGAGUAGAGAGUUACGGGGGAAACUUGACGUCUGGUACAGCGAUGGAAAAAGUAGAGAAAAGUUAGGUGAAUUGCGAGAUGAAAGAAUCUCGCGGGCAAUAUGGUUAGGCUACUUGGCUGGUAAGACCGUGGCAUGUGAUAGUGCCAGAGAAAGUGUGAUCGCAGGCCUACUAGAGCUUGCAGAAAAUAAUGUAAAUAAAACUGUCUGA